GCAAACCCCCUUUGCUGCAAACAUGGCCGACGGUGUUUUUGUCUUUCUGGAGAAUUUGUUGCUGUCUUGUACAGUUGUUAUUAUUGCAUGGUACAUUUUAAAUGCUCUAACAAAAAAGAUAUCACAUAAACGGUAAGAAAUGAUAAAAUUUAACCGAAUAAUGGUAUAAACGUCUCGGAGCUGAAAGUUAAUGUUCUGGUUACAAACGGCUUAAGCUUAAUUUUUUUUCCUUUGUUUUUGUACAUGGUAAUGAACGAUAAUAAGUAGAAAACUGAGAAAGAAAAACUCAAGUAGAACGUAGUCUACGUGGCUGCGAUGGAGUGCUUAGCGCUCUCAAACAAACGUGGCUUGAUUAUACCCACGUAUGAUAUAUGACACUGUUUGCCUGUUGCAUUGUGUUGCCUGUUGGGGCUUAAUAACCACUCAAUAAGCAAGUCUUUUUCUUACGUGAAAGGCUAACUGUCCCUACACUACACUCAAUUUCUUGUGUAACCGUGAUGUACGCUUUUCUCUCAUUAUAACCUUUCCAGACAUGCUUGCCUAAGUGAUUAUUUUUUAGGUUAACUAUUAACAACUAUCAAGUUAUUUUUCCUCAGGCCCAUGGCCCCUGGUCCACCAGGUCACUGGCUUUCUGGUAACACAGCCAUAUUCCAGUCCAAUGUGGAAGAGCGGCAUCUGCGACUCCUUGAACUGCACAAAAAGUAUGGCAAGAUAGUGAGGAUUCAAAUGGGGAGACCCCCAUUGUAUGGAAGAGAUAUCUUCUCUAUUGCUGAUCCAGCAUUAUGUGAAGAGGUUCUGAAAUCCAAGAGCUAUGCAAUUUCAAAACUAACACAAGCUCGUUUUCAAACACUUGUUGGGAAAUAUAGUCUUAAUGGCUUGGAAGGUGAAAUAUGGAAGAAACACCGACGACUUAUUUUGCCAUUGUUUCAUUCUGGUUUUCUGAGCUAUGCUUUGGAAGUCAUUAGCAAAAAAACUAAAAUUGUUAUAGAUAGGUGGAAGAAGGUCUCUGUUGAUUCAUCUGUGGAAGCUUUUGCAUGUAUAAAAAGCCUUGGACUUGAUAUCAUCAGCAAAGCAGCAUUUGGUUUUGACCUGAAAGUACAAGAACAACCUGAUGACAAACUUGUCAAGGUUAGCUCUUUUUUACUUAAUUUUAACUCGUAGCAACAUCUAUAGCAUAAAGAAGGAUGGUGGAGCACAGGACUAAAUACAAGCAUGGCUGUGGAUACGUGGAAACAAAUCCACAGAGUAUUUGGAGUGGUGGGGGUGGGUGGAGCUUGAAAUGCACUGCUAGUGGGAAGCAGGGGGGGUGGGGGGGUGGCGGGGGACUUACAGGGUGUAAAGAAAGUCGUGUCCAAUAGCCCAGGGCUAGUGGAUUUUGCUAUCAAGCUAGUGAUUCUUGUUCUUAACUUGCCAGAUGGCAAGUGCUGUUUUUUGAGGAAAUUCAAAUUACAGAAGAAUUGCUAAUCAAAAAGGGUUUUGGGACUAGUUGAAAUGACUUGUGGGCUAGUAUAAGCUAGCUACAGCUUGCCCGAAUGGCAGGCUGUAAAACUGACUUUCUUUGCACACUCCAGGUUAGUUGAAAAAUACAUGUUCUGACUAAUUUAAACCCUAAGGUCUCUCUUUUCUGUUUAUUGACAAUUAAUAUAUAAAGUAAGUUGUUAGAAAAAUAUUCAGAGGAAUGUCCUGCAAAAAUCCAAUAUAUAAAUAUUAUCCUCUGAGACUGAAAAUGUUUCAGUGUAACUGUGUUGUAUAUAAUUUCGUUUUCUAUCAUUGUAGGCUGUGAAUUCAUUCUUGAGGCAUGCUGGGGAUAUAGCUUUUUUAGUAUUUCCAAAACUUUGGUCCUGGAGGCAUCCUUUUAAAGCAUUUCAUGUCCAUCAGCACCAAAGAGUCCUUGAUAACCUUGUCAAGCAGAUCAUCAAACAGCGUCAGUGUGAGGAGGAUGGUGAUAGUAAAAAGGACUUGUUGACUUUGCUAUUGAGAGCACAAGACCCUGAGUCAAAGUAUAGGCUGACAGAUCAGGAAGUGCAUGAUGAGAUCCUGGCAUUUUUGUUUGCUGGGUUUGAAACUACGACAUCACAGCUAUGUUGGGUUUUAUACCAUCUAGGUGAGUACUGCUAACCUCUCAAAAGACCAUUUUCAGUUGUGGGUUUUGUACACUAGCUUUCUUAUGAAUGUGAAGCUGAGGUUUGACCAUGUUUUGAUAGAAACCUCCUUGGUUUGCUUAUGAAAAUUAUGGUCUACUUCAGCCUAGAUAGCAAAAGAACAAUAUGAUUUACAUAAGAAAGCAUGAGUGGUUGUAUCAAAGUAAGGUCUACUUCAGCCUAGGUAACAAAAGAACAAUGUGAUUUACAUAAGAAAGCAUGAGUGGUUGUAGCAAAGUAAGGUCUACUUCAGCCUAGAUAGCAAAAGAACAAUAUGAUUUACAUAAGAAAGCAUGAGUGGUUGUAUCAAAGUAAGGUCUACUUCAGCCUAGGUAACAAAAGAACAAUAUGAUUUACAUAAGAAAGCAUGAGUGGUUGUAUCAAAGUAAGGUCUACUUCAGCUUCGUUUCAAUCUGUAACUGUAAAACGGGCUAUUAUGCUUCACGUGACUUCAGACAACAACAACAGCAACAACAUUUAUUUAAACACGAUAAAAUUACAGUGGAGUUGAUGUGAUCGUGUAUCUAAAAGUUAAACACUGUAUUCAAAUGAAUAAAAAAGCUUAAAAACUAAUAAUUAAAAUUUAGAAAAAGAUCUAACCUAUUAGAGAAAAAUAUAUCUAUAAACAGGUUAGAUCUUUUUCUAAAUUUUAAUUAGUUUUUAAGCACUUUAUUCAUUUGUAAACUGUGUUUAAAUAUGCAAAAUUCAUUUCUAUCAUAGAGCAGUUAAUGCUUGGGCUCUUUGUAGUUUUAUUUUCUAUCUUGUAAUUUUUGUUUUUUGUUUUGUUUUUGGGUAUGUUAAUGUGCACUAAUGUCAAAUGAAGUUGAAACAAAUAAAAAUAUAAAAUACCUGAGAUAAAAAAUUAACUACAAUAUAAUCUAUUAGCACCCCCCCCCCCCCUUAAGUUUCUUCACCUGAUGCUUUUCUGACAUUUGGCUAAUACUUAUUCAUACCAACCUAAACUGGAAGAACACAAACUACCAUUUAUACUAAGAUUCAAAUAGGAUCACUCACCCCAUGUCAAUCACUAAUAAUCACUAUGUCUCCUUAAUUUUGACUUUAAAAAGCCCAUUGAUGGUAUGUAUGCAAUUCCCACUUUAAUUCUGCAUUUUGCGACCAAAUCUUAGCUCUUAUAAAACCACACUCCCAGUUAAAUUUAAGCCUAUCCUAGCUUAAUUGGCCAUGUUUCUUUUUUAUUUCAUUGCUUGUUAUGUUAAGACUGGCAUCUGUACUGCAUUGUAAAGUCCUGCCCUUUUUUACAUGCUUCAUUUCCAGCCAAGCACCCUGAAGUUCAGGCUAUUGCUCAAGAAGAAGUAGACAGAGUCCUUGGGGAUUCUGAUUUGAUUACCUCAGAGAUGGAGAAAGAUCUCAAAUAUGUGACAAACUGCAUAAAGGAAUCUCAGAGGCUCAUUCCUGUUAUAACGGGUUUUAGUAGAGGAGCUGUUGAAGAUACUGAGUUGGGAGGUAAGCUUCUGUGUUUUCAGAAAAAGGUUAUGCUUAUUUUUACCUCAUCUGGGUAUAUUUUUUUUUAUGGAAAUUAUUUUUAGGCGGCUACUUGAGCCUGUAAAAUGAUCAUGUGCUUAGCAACUAUGUAAGGUCUGAUAAUGUUACCUCCAAAGUAGAAAAAGGAAGCAAAAGAAUUUUUCUCAGGCACCUGUGAUCCUAGGUUUAUUUUAACCUUUGGAAAUGAAUCAAAUAGGAUGAUGAAAGCUGUCGACUGAAACUUUGCACUGCAUGUCAUCUUUUCACAACUUCUAAGACUGGGAUAUGAUUGUGUAAUAUUUGAUAGAUUAAUAUAUAGAGGAUAUUACAUGGCCGCGCAGAGAUACGAAAUUUCUUUUGAGUGUUGAAAAAUAAGUGAGUGAGCGCAGUGAACGAGUGAAAUAUUUUUUUCCACACAAGAAGAGAAAUUUGGUAUCUCCAAGCGACCAUGUAGUGUUCUAUUUAUCAUAUAAACAGCAAUGAAAUACAAAACCAUUUUAGUUAAAUAGUUUUUUGGUCUGAAAGGUGCGGUUUAUUAGGAAGCCUCAGCAACGGUGAUAUUUUCACAUGUGAAGAUAUCAAGCUUUCGCACGAAAGCUCACUUGGUAUUUCAUUGGUGUUUACGUAAUAAAAUGUUUUUUUUUUUCUGUUGGUUAUUUUUGAAAAGGAUAUCACAUCCCCAAAGGUUCUGUUUUGUUUCUGGAUACCUAUGUCCUGCACCAUUUGGAUAAUUUGUGGGAUAAACCGGAAGUGUUUGAUCCAACCCGCUGGGAGGACAAGACGGCUGUACACACCUUCUCAUUUCUUCCUUUUGGGGGUGGAAGCAGACGAUGUGCUGGCCAGCCAUUUGCUGUGGUUGAAAUGAAAGCUGUGACUGCGUUGAUUCUCAGGAACUUUUCAUUGAAACUGGAUGAAAGCAAGCCCAUUCACACUGAAGUGAAAAUUGCGUUUGGUCCAACGCGAAUUCAGUUCUUUAUCAGCAAAAGAUGACUCUUUUCAUUGCUGUAUACAAAAGUUAAGAGUUAGUCUUCUGUAAACAAUUAAUAUUAUAACAUCAGCCACCACAGCAAAAGAAGUAGUACAUUGAAGGUCCCCAGCUAUAUCCUUCAUUAAGUAUACCAUCAACUUAAAUCGAAUCACUUAAUAGAGACUUGUCGCGAAAAAGGACAUUAGACCCUGUUUACAUGGAGUGGGGGACCCCGGUCUAGUGGGGUAAGUUUCUUUUGUUUUGUGUCCCCCAGAGCGUGAAAACAAAAGAAACCAACCCCACCAGACCUGGGUCCCCCACUCCAUGUAAACAGGCCCUUAGUUAAGUAAUGGUCCAGAUAAGAAGGAAAGGACCAAAACGCAGUGAACACGUCGGAAUGCAAAAAGGUGCUAACUUUACUAUUGUCUCUACAAAGGUUCUGAUUGGUUUAAACAUCAAAUUUUACGAAAUCUUCGCAAAGCAGCACGUACAUCAAUCCUUUUUUUUCUAUGCGACUUCCUUAUAACAAAAUCUCGUCUGAGUCUAAGUAACACAGAAAUCGUAUGUGCGGAUCAUGUAAAAUUGUGAACAUUUCUUGGCCAUUGUUUGCAACUCUUGUGAUUGGUCGAAAUGUUUUAACGCAAAAAUACACCCUUUAAAAGUGGAGUUUAAAUACAUUUUCUUUCGUAAACAGCCUUUUUGUA